AUGGCAUCAUUCCCACCAUGGGAAGCAGUCGGUAACCAGAUCCGUAAAUGGACAGAAAACCCCCGAGAGCCGAACUGUAAAAUCGCCAGAAUCACACUAACCCUUGAUACCCUGCCCCCAAAGCCCUCCGAUUGGGACGUCGACUCCGAGCCCAACCACCUAGACCCCGAACACUACAAGUGGCUCGAAAAUGUCGGCAUCGCGACCGACGUGGACAAAAAGAGCGGAAAGUCAGUAUACCGAGGCACAAUCGUCAUGAAGACCGAAGGCGCCCUAACCAGUUGGACAGGAAUGACAGGACCAGGCGUGAUUUUCAUCAACAAGAUCGAUCGAGCGCGGGAAUCCAAGGAUCCUUAUAUGUCGGAGAUUACGCACGCAGUGUAUACAAAGGACUUCAAUCUUGCCGCACUGAAACAUAUCUGGGUAACGGAUGUUAAGAAUGAGGAUACUGCUCGCUUUAUUAAUACUCAUGUUUAUGCUGCAGGUUUGGAAGCGCGGUAUCCGCGUAAUGCGAUUAUUUCUUGGACUCCUGCUGAUGCGCAGUAUAAUGCUUUGCUUGGGACGGCGCUGGGGAAGAUGGUUGGAUAUUUUGUCCUCGGCGCUUUUGGUCAAGGUGUGAAGCGGAUUUCGAAAAUUUCCAUUUUCAGGUCUUUUGAUAUCCCGCAACUGCAGUUUGACAUUGCGAAUGUUUGA